UUAUUCUAUGCAUUCUGUCACAAGCCAAACCACAUGUAAUGUCGAAGUCCUUGUGGAAAUGUGGACAUGAAUAGAAAAGCUUGACAAGCCCCUUAAAGACAGGCCUGAUGCAGGACAAGACCUAUCAGUCUGUGAUGUACGGAGAUGAUGCUACACAGAUUUCUGACAAAAUAUUUGAGUGGGCUCUUCAAGGUGACUCGGCAGAGUUGGAAAAGCACUCAUCCCACCUGGGUGUCCGUGACCAUGCCAAUGCCAGCCCUCUGCACUAUGCCUCCUCACACGGGCACAUUACCACCAUAAAGCUCAUUGUGCAGUUGACUGGUCCAGAUGAACUGAGUGCCAGUGAUGAGGAGGGCAACACGUCAUUACACUGGGCUGUGCAGAGGACACAGAGAGAGAGCUGUGCUUGCCUUCUGGACCUGGGAGCCAACCCGAACAUCCUCAACCGCCGCCUCAUGUCUCCCCUACACAUGGCUGUCAGCCUCGGACACAACACUCUCAUCGAGCUAUUGCUGUCUCACAGCAACACGGAUGCCAACCUGGAGGGAGACCUGGGGAACACACCUGUAAUGUUGGCCUGCUGUAUUGAUAACCAUGAAGCUCUCCAUCUACUUUUUAAAUAUGGUGCCAGACUAUGUCAACAGAACAAGCUGGGGCAUUAUCCCAUUCACGCAGCAGCCUUUGCAGGGGCCAAGAAAUCAAUGCAGAUGGUUCUUCAGAAAGGUGAGGAAGUAGGUUACUCAAUUGAAUCGCACAUCAACUAUGUGGACAAAUCAUUCAGUACUCCUCUUCAUCUGGCCGUCCGUGGAGGCAACCUGGAGGUGAUCAAACUCUGCAUAGAACAGGGAGCUAAAAUGGACCAACAACAGUGUGACAAAUCCACAGCCCUCCACUUUGCCUGCACCCAGGGAGCAACCGAGGCCGUCAAACUCAUGCUAUCAGCACAUGAUAGAGUCUGUGAUGUCAUCAAUCUCACAGAUGGCACUUGCCAAACUCCACUGCAUAAGACAACAAUAUUUGACCAUGUUGAAUUGGCUGAAUACCUCAUUUCAAAGGGCGGAGACAUUAAUGCCAUUGACUGUAAGGGUCAUACUCCACUGCUUUUGGCAACAAGUUGUAGCGCAUGGAAAACAGUGAGCCUUCUUCUUACACAUGGUGCUAAUUUGAAAAUAAAAGACAAACAUGGCUGCAAUUUCCUUCACCUUGCCAUCUUGCAGCCUAAAGGUCUGACAAACCUUCCUCCAGAAUUCUUAAAGUGCAGCAGUGUGAGAGAGCUCCUGGAUGCAGAGGACAAUGAGGGUUGUACUCCCAUGCACUAUGCCUGCAGACUGGGCAUUCCAGAGUCAGUGAAGAACAUGCUCAGACUGAACGUCUCACUGGACCAGAAGUCAAAGCAGAAGAAAUCUGCACUGCAUUUCGCAGCCGAGUAUGGGAGGAUAAACACCUGCCACAGACUCCUGGAGAGCAUGACCAACACCAGACUGCUGAAUGAGGGAGAUGAGAGGGGUAUGACUCCCCUCCACCUGGCGUCCCGUGGCGGCCAUGUUAUAGUGGUGGACCUGCUGCUGCGGAAAGGAGCGCUGUUCCACAGUGAUUAUAAAGGUUGGACAUGUCUACAUCACGCUGCAGCAGAGGGAUACAGCCAGACCAUUAUCAUACUCCUGGCAUCAAAUAUCAAACUGCUGGACAAAACAGAUGAAGACAGGAACACAGCGUUACAUCUGGCUGCCAGAGAGGGCCAUGUGGCUGCAGUGACACUGCUCCUGGACAGAGGGGCCCAGAUAACGCUCAACAAGAGUGAUGCCUCCUUCCUCCACGAAGCUGUUCUCAACGGCAGGAAAGACGCAGCCAUCGCUGUCAUCCACAAUAAGAGAUGUGCUGAGGCUAUGCUAUUGUUCGAAGUGAAGUCAACUAAGCGAUGCGUUGUCAUGGACAUGAUAGAGUUCCUGCCAGAGUCAUUCAAGCAUCUUUUGGACACUUGUGUAAAGGAGUCAGAUGAUGACAUAAAUAGUACCAACUACUCUAUCGAGUACACUUUCAGAUGGCUACAAGCUCCCAUGCAUGUCAUUAAGCUUGCAAAAGCAGACAAAAGCUUUGACUUCCAGCCUCUCACUGCUCUGAACUACAUGGUGAAAUUUAACCGCAUAGAGCUUUUGACCCAUCCUGUCUGCAAGAAGUAUCUGGAAAUGAAAUGGAAUGCCUAUGGUAUGAAAGUGCACCUGCUAAAUCUGGCCAUCUACUCACUUGGUCUGGGGCCUCUGACACACAUCAUUCAUACACUGAAGCCUGUCCUCAACACCAAUGUCACCAAUACCACGUCACCGUCACCAUCACCAUCAGUCAGCAUGGUGACCACAUCCCUUGACGAGCAAUGCUACAUAAUCACCACAUGCAUGUUCCUGAUUCUUGCCAUGAGUCUGUAUGCAGUUGGCAAGGAGCUUGUGCAGAUAGUUCAGCAGGGUUCAAAGUACUUCUAUGAAGUGACCAAUGCAUUGGACUGGGGUGCUGCCAUCAGUUCUCUGUUGUUUGUGAUCCCUUUACUGAUGGACCUGAAGGACACAUGGCAUUGGGAGGCUGGGGUAGUGGCAGUUCUUCUAUCCUGGAUAAACUUUCUGCUCUAUUUCCAACGGUUUGAACGUGUUGGGAUCUACGUGGUGAUGUUUUUAGAGAUUGCAAAAACUCUUAUAAGCAUCAUUGUACUCUUCUUCUUCCUGCUGCUGGCAUUUGCCUUGGCGUUCUAUGCCCUGAUGCUAGAUCAUAAACUUUUUGAAAAUAGAGCUAGCAUACCGCUAGUAAUCAUGCAAACAUUUGUCAUGAUGGCUGGAGAACUCAACUACCAAGAAAAUGUCCUGAAGCCAUUUCUGGGAGGGAUUCUGCCGUUCCCAUAUUUGACCUACUGCAUUUUUGUUAUGUUCACCUUUGCUGUGCCCAUUCUCCUCAUUAACCUAAUGAUUGGUUUGGCUGUUGGUGACAUAGCAGAGGUACAGGCGAAUGCUGAGCUGAAGCAAAUUGGAAUGCAGAUUGAGCUUCACACUAGUCUGGAAGAGAAAAUGCCAUACUGGUUAAUGAAGAGGGUUGAUCAGAUCUCACUCACUGAGUACCCUAACAGAGCCUGUGACGGAAAGAGAGAAAUGUUAUUUGCAAUGCUGGGUAUGGCGCAUGAGAGAACCACUCUCAACCUCACCUCUCAUCCACCUACACCUAUGGAACAGGAAAUCAGUAAACAGAAGUACAGGUUGAAGGAAAUGUCUAAUAUUAUUGAGAAGCAGCACAACCUUCUGAAGCUGAUCGUUCAGAAGAUGGAGAUCAGUUCAGAGGCAGAAGAGCACGACGGUCCUCAGCUGUUCCAGGGCUACAGGGACAAGCCCCUCCCCUGUCAGAGCAAAUGGAACCCUCUGCUGAGGGCACUGGCAGCCAGGAAGUAACAGCAACAUAUAUUAUCAUGGGCUGUUUCCUACUAAAUGCACUGUACACAAAACCAUGGGUUGGAUUAAGAAGGAAUGUCGGGGUAUGGUAUCACCAUUGUUAACAAAAUAAGACUUGGUGCAUCCUCCUUGAUUUGGACUAUUAUUAAUACACAUAACCACCCCCCCUGCAACUACCACCACCCUUAAAACGUAUCAUAUUUUCACCCCUGCACAUCACCCAUCCAAUAUUGCAGUUAAACUAAUUGACAUAGUGUUCCUUUACUAAUGCACAUUACAGUAUGUAAGGAAACACAAGUGUCACGAUUUAAAAUCAUUUCAAUUGUAAUUUGCAUGGUUUUCUGAAUCAUUUGGUCAAAUAUAACCACAUGGGGAUGUUUGCUCUUGGUAUUUUCGAAUGGUCAUAAGAUAGUAUAUAUACUAGAAAAGUAGUCAGGAUUAUACAUUUAUAGUAUGUGUGCAUGCUUGAUAAAGAGCUUUUAGCACCCCAUAUUUAAGUGUCCUUUAAACAAUAUUACUUGUUAAGGGUGUAUUAAUGACAUGUUGU